AUGGAAACAAAAGUGAAGAUUCGCGUAACUCGUCUAGAAGUUAAUGUUAGCGGACAACCAACACAUGAAUGUAACCACUAUCAAUGGGUUGAUUGGCCCGAUCGUGGUGUACCAGAAGCGGAUUUGGCGCCAAUAUUUCUUCUAGCGAAAUUGAAGGAGAACACGUUAGUUGGUUUCUUCCAAAUGUUCGAAUGGUUGACUUCAAGUCCAGAAAACUCGGACAUUAGUCUAAAUCCGAUCUUUUUUGGUAAUGUAGUUUAA